AAAUGAGCAAAUUGGUUAAAUAUGAAACCAUUGUAAUGAUGAGAGAACUUCUCAAUGUUCAAAAAGAAACUAUGAUGUCAUUUUUCAAAAAAACAGUAAAAGACUUUAAUCUGCACAUUGAAGCUUUGCAACAAAAUAUUAACGGCUUAAGUAAUGAUCUUGAAGAAAUUAAAACUGGUAUGAAUUUUUUUGGUGACCUGUAUAUUGAAAAGAUAAAGACGUACGAAGAAAAGAUAAAACAAAGGAUAGGAAACAAAGAAGUAAAUUACGAAUUGGCGGUCUUCAAAAAACUUGUAACAAAAAAGAGUGGGAAUUUACAAAAAAAAAAGUCAAAAAACUUUUGAAUGAGAACGUCGAGAUAAAACAGUAUAUUAAAAUUGAACGUGUUUGGUUGGCUAACAAUAAGCGUGCACGAACAAUGGUACUCAAACUACAUGACUUUGAGGACAAAAAAUAAUCUUGGAUAAAGGUUUUUAUCAUAAAGGUAGCAGUAUUUAUAUUAACGAGGAUUAUAGCAAAAUCACAAGAAAAAUUCUAAAAGAA